AUGGAAAAAAAAACAACAAGAAAAAGACAAAUUGAAGAAGAAGAAGAAGAGAAAGAGAAUGAUGAAGAAUUAAAUGAUAUUGAUGAGGAGUUGUUUGGAAAAGAAGAAUUAAAAAUUUUACAAAAUGAACAGAAUUUAAGUGAUAAUUAUGAUAGUGAAAAUAAAUCAGAGGAUUUACAGUAUAAUAAUCUGCUCGAGUUUAAUGAAGGAGAUUUUAUUUAUUUAGAAGAAAAUGAAAGUCACUCCAACAAUGAGAGUGAAAUAAACAGCAACCCAAGUUCCAGCUCUGAUGUGCAAGUUGUUGAAAGUGUUACUCCUCAGGCAGAAGAAAAAGCAAAUGAAAAAAAAAAUGCAAAAAAAAGUGCAAAAAAAAGCCCAAAGAGAAAGACCAUGAAAAAGGAUCAGGAUAGUGAAAACAAGCAAAAUGAGGAAGACGUGACUAGCUAUAAAGAGAUGAAAAAAAAAAAUAUAGAAAAAAAAAUCGAAGAAAAUAAGUUGAGCGUAUUCUUGUUAUGUUGGUUGGGACAUAUCUACUUUUUAAAUGACCUGUGUAAUAAUAAAUUGAUACAAGCAAUGAUUUAUUCAGUUUAUGUAAAUUACAAAAGUGGUAGAAAUAAUAUAUUGUAUAAAGACCCAGUAUAUUUAUUUCUAUUUAUAAAAAAUAAUUUUAAGUUAAUUUUAGAUAGUACCUAUUGGGUAUCUAGCGAUAGUAUAAUAAAAAAAAAUAUCCGAGGGUCAUAUAUAUUUCGAGUAAUCAGAGCUGUAAAUAGAAAAAGAGGUAAUAACAUUUUAUUAAAUUUAUUAUUUAUAUCUUUAUGUAGAUAUUUAAACAUUCCUAGUCGUAUUUGUAUAACAUUACCUAAUCUCAAUAAUGAAUAUAUAGACACAAAACGUGAAAAUGAAAUUAUAAAAAUAUGUACAAAUAAUUAUUACAAUGAUAUUACAAAAAAUAUAUUUUUUAAUAACUAUUUAAUGACAAAAGUAGAUGAUGAGAGUAGUGAUAAUUAUCAGGUCGGUGAACAGGAUGUUGUUUUUGUCCGAGAAAAUUUACACACAUAUGAUAAAAAUAAAGGAAAAAAUUUUAAAAAUUUUAAAAAAAAUAAUACUAAUUUAAAUAAUAUACAAUUUCAAAUAUUUUCAGAAUGUUAUUCAACAAGUUUUAAUAAAUGGAUUUCUUUUUUUUUUUGUUAUAAUAUAUAUUAUUUUAAUUUUUAUAACUUUUCAAAAAAUUGUAAUUUUAAUCAAAAUGAAACAAAACUCUUUCACAUUUUAUUACCCUUACCUCAAAACCCUGAAGAAAUUAAAACUUUCAAACGAGCAAAAAAAGUAGCAUCAAUCUCAGAAUUUUCAAAAUCAUUAUUUAUCAAUCGUCACAAAAGUUCAACCAAGCAAGACACUGACCAAUCCCAAAGUAGCAAUGGCAGUGACAGUAGUAGUAGCGGUAGAAAUAGUGAUGAGGACAAACAGCCUGAAGUUAUUGAUCUCUCAGAAGUAGGAAAUAAAAACAUUUCAAACAUAAAAGAAACAAAAAAUGAAAUUAUAAUAAUAAAUGAUGUACCAGAAGAUGAGUUAAAAACAAGCCAAAAAUUUUCUCAAAAAAAUACCAAAAAAAAAAAUAAUAAUAUUAGAGAAAAUAGCAACAAGAUUAGUGACCAUACUUAUAAGUUUGAAGAAAUUGCAAUGAACAUAAAUAAACUAAAUGAAAAGAAUUGUAAAACUUAUGGUGGGUUUAAAGUUUUAUGUCAAAAUUAUAAAGGAAACAUGUAUAUAGAACAUGAAGAAAAUAAAGAGAUAAUAAAUUCAUUAUCAAAUAUAGGUUCCCCAGAUUGUAUAAAAAAAAAAAAUAUAAAUAAUUUAGCAAAUAAUAUUAAUGAGUUGAAGCAUGAAAAUAAUAAAAUAAAAAAUCUGUCUAAUUAUGUAAACACUUUAAAGAAUGAACCUAUAACCAGCUAUGAUGAAAUUAUUUACGAUAAAUAUGAAAAAUUUGUGUGUAAAGAAAAUUUUGAUAAUAAAUAUAUAAAAAUAUUAAUAAAUACUAAUAUGUAUAAAUAUUUUCACAACCUAGAUAACUAUAAUUUAUAUAUAUCUAUAAAUAAAUAUGGCAUAUUAAAGGAUAUUACAGUAAGACAUAAACUAAGACUACCAAAUAGUGCAUCAACAAAUUGUUCUGAUAAUUUUAAAAGGAAAAACUAUUUAAGUAAAAGUAUAGUAAAAGGGGAUCGAUUAUGUUCUUUGAUAAGAAAUAGUUUUCGAAAUAUUUCCUACAAAAUGAAUCAAAAAAAAAAUUAUAAUGAAUUUGAAAAAGUUUUAGAUAUUAAUGAUGAUAAAUAUUUAUAUAAUUUAUAUGUAAAAAAUAUGAUACCAAAAGAAAAAACACAUUUUUUAAAAUCUAAUUAUUAUAUUUUAAAAUCCAUGUUAAAAAAAAAUCAAGUUAUAUAUCCUAAUGCUCCUGUAGGAUUAUUUGGUGGAGAAAAUGUAUAUUUAAAAGAACAUCUAUAUAAUUUAACAAAAAGAGAAUUCUUAGAAAAUAAAAUAUAUUAUAUAAGUGAUAGUGAAAAACCUUUAGGAUAUGAAUAUGACUCAUAUUCAAAAUCUAAAGUUCCUCUUUAUGCAGAGUUUCAACAAAAGCCAAGAAGCAAAAAUGUGUCUACUACUGAUGGUGUUAAAAAUGCAGAUAAAAAUUUAGAUGAAAAUGCAAACGUAAAUAAUCAGGAACAAUCACACCAAUUUGAUUAUAUUUAUAGUAAACAAGAAAAAGUUCAAAGAUUGAAAAAUAAAUUACUUGCACAUUUAAAACCUAAUAAUAUUAUCGAACUAAAUAGUGAUGAUAUAUGUGUCUAUAAUAUUCAACUUAAAUAUGUAUUUAAAAAUAUUAAAAAUAAUAUUCCUUGUAAAAUAAUAUAUAAUAAUAAUCCAUAUUUUUAUAAAAAAUAUUUAAAAAAUAUUAAUAAACCAAAUCCAAAAGUAUUAGCUGAUAAAAUGGUUAUUAAAAAAAAAGACUUGAAAUUAUUUAAAAGUUUAUAUUUAACACAAAAACAAAAACAAGAUGAAUUUAUAAUUGAUCAAAAAUCUAAACAAAUAAAAAAUAUGUGGAAAGUUCUUUUCAAAAGUAUAUUAUAUGAGCAUGAAAAUUUACAAGUUAAUCAGCAAAGAACACGAGCAAAAAAAAUAUACAAAAUGCCACAGUUCAAUCCAGACAUAGAUAUAUAUUUUGAAAAUUAA